AUGGCGCAGGUUCCAAUCGAUCCCGAGGGUAUGUGUAUGCGGUGCAAAGCAGCUCCUCCGCCGGAGGAAUCUCUCUUUUGCGGCACGUGCACUGCGCCUUGGCACGCUUCCUGCCUGUCUUCCCCUCCGGAAACCCUAGCUUCGACUCUGCAGUGGGAGUGUCCCGAUUGCUCCGGCGUGAUCGAUCCUCAUGGCGGCGUUGUCGCCGAAUCCAGCGAAAAUUCGGAUCUCAUGGCUGCGAUUCACGCGAUUGGGGCUGACCCGACUCUGACCGAAGCGGAAAAGGCGAAGAAGAGGCAGGAGCUGAUUGGCGGCAAAAUCGGCGUGGAUGAAGAAGAGAAAAAUGAUGUCUUUGCCGCGCUCGGAGAAAACCUGAACUGCCUUUUCUGUAUGCAAUUGCCUGAGAGACCCGUCACGGGACCAUGUGGGCACAAUUUCUGUCUCAAGUGUUUUGGGAAAUGGGCUGUUGGUCAAGGCAAGCGUACUUGUCCCAAAUGCCGCACUGCAUUUCCUGCCGGAAUGGUCACAAAUCCUCAGAUCAACUAUGCACUUGUCUCUGCCAUUCGUCUGGCCAAAGAUCCUCAGCGAGCUGCUGCUGUUCAUCACGUCAUAAGAAACGAAGACUUGCCUGAUAGAGCGUUCGCAUCGGAGCGCGCAGUGAAUGCAGGUUACUCAAAUGCUACCGGCGGCAGAAUCUUUGUGACAACACCACCAGAUCAUUUCGGUCCAGUUACAGCGGAAUAUGAUCCUGAAAGAAACCAGGGCGUGUUGGUCGGAGAGUCUUGGGGCUAUAGAGAUGGGUGUAGACAGUGGGGGAUUCACUACCCACACAUGGCUGGAAUUGCUGGUCAAUCAAAGUAUGGAUCUCAGUCUGUGGCUCUCUGUGGAGGUUAUGAUGACGACGAGGACCACGGUGAAUGGUUCAUAUACACCGGAAGUGGAGGAAGAGACCUCAGCGGCAACAGAAGGACUAGCGAUGAGCAAACGUCUGACCAGAAGUUUGAAAGGUCUAAUGAAGCUUUAAGACUGAGUUGCCAAAUGGGUUAUCCUGUUCGUGUUAUCAGGUCUUUCAAAGAGCCUUCUUCAUAUGCGCCUGAGACAGGAUACAGAUAUGACGGGGUUUAUAGGGUUGAGAAGUGCUGGAUCAAGGUUGGAAUACAGGGUGUUUAUAAGGUCUGUCGUUACCUCUUUGUUAGAUGUGAUAACGAGGCAGCUCCAUGGACCAGUGAUGAGCAUGGAGAUCGUCCAAGGCCUUUGCCUAAUGUUCCAGAGCUGGAGAUGGCAACAGACUUGUAUGAGAGGAAGGAAACUCCAUCAUGGGAUUUUGAUGAAAGUGAUGGUCGCUGGAAAUGGAUGAAGCCUCCACCUGCCAGCAAAAAGGCACGUGGUGAGAAAGCACAAUCGAAUACCAAGAGAAAAAGACUUGUGAAAGAGUUGAGUUGCAAAAUCUGUAAGCAAUUGAUGAGUCUUCCUGUAACAACACCAUGCGCUCACAACUUUUGCAAGGCAUGCUUAGAAAGCAGAUUUGCUGGGCAAACAGCAAUGAUUGAUAGAAACAAAGGUGGACGCACGCUUCGUGCAAGGAAGAACAUCAUGAAAUGCCCUUGUUGCCCCAACGACAUUUCUGAUUUUCUCCAGAAGGACCCUCAGGUGAAUAGAGAUUUAAUGUCAGUGAUUGAGACGCUGAAGACAGAAGAAGAGGAGGCAGUGCCUGUAAGUGCAUCAGAUGAAGAAGGUGGAAGCUCAAGUGUAGAUGGAAACUCUGAGAUCAAAGACGCUGAGGAAGUAGAAGAAACUCCGGUGGUGACUGAAGAUGCUGAUGAGCAACCAAGGAAAAGGAUCAAACUUGACACUGACACACUCGUUUCUUCUGCGAUUGUUGUCGAGUCUGGCAUGGAGGAAAAAGACUAA